AUGCCACAUACAUUAUUAAAUAGCAAUAAAAAUCAAGCCAAAGUAUUAUUAAUAAAUGCACAAGAUCCACACCAAACAUUACCAAAAGAUACACCAAUCGGAACCCUUUCCUGUCAUUCAACUUGUAAUAUAUAUGCUACAACACAAACUCCAGCAAAACAUCACUCUUUUUCAAAUGAACAUUAUCAAUCUUUUCGCCAACAGCCUAAACAAUUAAAACCCAGAGCUGUUUCAUGCAGAAAAAACAACUCGAAUCAAACAAAAUUACAUACUUAUUCCCACCGUUGUAAUGAAUAUUUUUUAUCUGGAAAUGAUUAA